UAUUCUCUAGGCUUCCAUCGUGGAUUAGAACAUACAUUUUAUUCGCAAAUUGUAAUAUAGAAUAUAGUGAAAAAAUGUCCGAACCAAUUUUACAUCCUUCAAUUCCUUUUGUGGGACUGGUUGAAGGUGGUCUGAUACCUGGAAAAAUGGUAAAAAUUCAAGGAAAAGUUCCAUCAGAUGGUAUACGUUUUGCUGUUAACUACCAAUUGGGGCCUACAUUAAACCCAAGGGAUGACAUAGCCAUCCACAUAUCACCACGUUUUCCAGAAGGGUUCAUCACUAGGAAUCAUAUAGAAUCAAUGACUUGGGGAACAGAAGAGAAUGGAGGUCCUAUGUGGAUUCAACCUGGACAAGAAUUUGAGAUGUUUGUUUUGUGUGAUUAUGCAGCCUAUAAAAUUGCUAUAAAUGGCAGACAUUUUACAGAAUUUGUUCAUCGAUUACCAUAUCAGAAAGUUUCUCAUUUGGUUAUCGAUGGUGAUGUAGAAAUAAAUUCUAUUGCAUACGAAACCGUUUCUGUUGAACCGUCUCGUUCUCCAAGAGCUACACCUAUGCCAGAUGUACCUACAGCAAACUUUGGACCUCCGCCACCAGGUGGAUUAUAUCCAACAAUAGGUUCUCAAACAUCACCUGGUGGAUAUGGACCAUUACCACCAGUUGGUUAUGGUCCUCAGCCUGGUGCAUAUGAAGCACCUGGUUACAACCCUUCAAAAGCAUAUGGAUAUCAACCUGGAUAUGAAAAAGCAGAAGAAGAAGAUGCAUUUGGUGGCUGCUUAAAUAAAGUUGGUCUAGCACUAGGUGGAUUAGUUGCAGCUGGAGGCAUAGCUGCUGCAGCCCAUGCAUUAAAUAAAAAGAAAGAUGGAGAGGCUGAAACAGAUCAUGAAAAAUCAGAUGCUUCUAAAUCAAAAACAGAAAGUGAAAGUGGUUUAGGAAACCUUGGUUCCCUUGGUGCAGCUUUAGCAAGCAAUUUUUUAGCAAGCAAUGCUUUACAAAGCAACUCGCACGCACAACAGGGCUAUCCUCAAGAUUCUAGUGGUGGUGUAUUAGGCUCGAUUCUUGGAGCAUUAGGUGGAGGUGGUGGUAAUGCAGCACCAGUACAUCCACCAAGUCAACCGUCUGACCCACUGUCAGGAGCUCUAGGAUCCAUUCUUGGUGGUGUACUUGGUGGUGGUGGUGGUGGUGGAAAUCAACAACCAGGAUAUCAACCCCAAGGAGGUUAUGGAAAUUAUCAACCUUCUGGUGGUUAUUCUAGUCAACAACCAAGUUCAGGUUCAGAUCUCUUAUCUGGAAUAGGUUCUGCAAUUGGUUCUUCUUUGUUCAGCUCUGCCUUAGAAGGUCUUAGUAAACACGGUAAAGAUAAAUCUCAUGGAGAAAGUUAUCCAGCUCCUUCACAGUCUUAUACACCAAGUACAACACCUUCCAUGCAACCUGUUCUAUCUUCUGACAGUCCUCCUACUUCUGGUCAUAAAUUAACUGCAGAUGAAAUUUCAAAAGGCCUAGGUUUGGACGAUUAAUGUAAGUUAAGAUAAAAAACUAAGUAAAAGAAAGUACCGGAUAUUCCAAAUCUAAGUUGAAAUAUUUUAAAGGCUGUUAACACAAUUGGAAUAAAAAUGUUCUAUGAUCCAUAUUCAUUUUACUUCAAAUUUGCAGUAAUAAGGCCUUAGAAUAAACCGUCAUGUAAUACAAAUUCAAAUAUUAAAUUAUAUAAUCGGCGUCAACGGAAAGUCAACCGAAAUAGGUUCCGCGGUGAGCGUGUUAAAAAAAGGUCGUUAACCUAGGCUUUUCAGCUAUUUGAUAAGAGAAACUUUGGGGUAAGAUUCUUACAAAUAAUGAAUUUGCAAGUGUUGUGAACAAAUAACUGACUAUUAGAUACAGAUUUUUCACUGAACACUAGUAGAAUAUUAGCUGGUGAUGAUAAAUGACUUGUCCUGCAGUGUGAAACAUGCAUCCGAGAAAGUAAAAAAUCAACGCUAUUUACUUUUCAGAGAAUUUAUGGGUGGCUCAGAACUUAGUGGGGACUAUGUGUUCCUCUAAAUGAAAAUCAAUUUUGAUUAAAAUCAACAGUUCAUUACGUCGCGAUCUCUUGACAAAAAUUGUCAAAUUUUGUAACAGCUAAAUUGCAGAAGAUGCAACAAAAUGUAACAAGAUUCGUUUAUUCUAUCUUCA